AUAUAUACCGUGGAUUUGUAGCAUAACGGAUGAUCAGUGGUUUCAUCAUACUAUGAUUUCCAAAAUUUUCAGAGCUCACGGUCGGUUAUGUACAACUCAUCCAUGGGAAGUUAUUAUAGGAACGUUCACAUUAACGAUAUGUAUAGUAUCGAUGUGUUUAUUUGGCUUUACGGAUGGAAUUUGUGGCUGGAAUUGUGAAUGCCCUUCUGAGGACAUCGAAAAAAUAUCAGAUCCUUUGGUUCUGACAGUCACUAGAUGUGUAGCUGUGGUAUAUAUUUAUUUAAAAUUCCAAAAAUUACGUAAAUUAGGAUGGAAAUAUUUAUUAGGAAUCGCAGGUUUGUUGACGAUUUUCUCCAGUUUUGUUCUGAGCAUUGCUGUCAUAAAAUUAUUAGAAGGCGAUAUGAAAGGCUUAAAUGAAGCAUUGCCCCUCUUUCUGCUUGUGAUUGACCUCUCUAAGGCGACAACAUUAGCAAAGUUUGCUCUGAAAUCAUCUUCACAAGGCGAAAUAAAGGAGAAUAUCAGCAGAGGUUUGGCUGUAAUUGGUCCUGUUGUCACUCUAGAUGCAUUCGUACAAGUCAUGUUGUUAGGAAUUGGUAUCCUCUCAGGAGUUAAACAAUUAGAAAAAAUAUGUUAUUUUGGCUGUUUAGCAGUAAUUGCCAACUACCUAGCCUUUAUGACAUUUUAUCCUUCUGCUCUGACUUUAAUAAUGGAGCUUGGGAAUGGUGAAAGUCUAGCAGAAAACUGGAAAGUACCUUCAAAAUUAUUAAAACAUGAAGAAGAGAAAAAUCCUGUUGCUCAAAGAGUAAAACUUAUCAUGUCAGUUGGUCUUGUUUUGGUUCAUACUCAUAGCAUAUUAGCUGGAAAUGGAUUAACUGCAAAAGAAGGCGUAAAACGAAUGAAAUAUAAAAAACCGCAUCUUUCAUUAGGUACUUUUUAUUGGAAGGAAUUAACAACUUUUUCUCCCGAAUUCUUAGUCACAGCCAUCUUAGCUAUUAUCUUAACUAUUAAAUAUAUCUGGUGGGAUAAUGACGUAAAAGUUUCUCAGGAAGAUGAACAGGAUGUAAUUUUGAAACAACCAAGUCAACCAAGGUUUGCUAUUGAUGAAGAUUCGUUCAAAUCAGCAGAGAUUGCCACUCAAACGGAUAAUGACAUUAUUGUAUCAGAAGAACCAGUAAUACAAGAAGCUGAAAAGUUACCUGUAAUUGAUAAUGACUUAGAUCCUUCCGUAAUGAGUGAUGUCGAAGUUGUCAAUUUAGUAAAGAGUAAAAGUCUACCAUCUUACAAAUUGGAAAGUGCUUUGGGAGAUUACGAAAGAGCAGUCUCGAUACGAAGGCGUAUACUGUGUGAAGACAUUAGAGAGGAAAUUGUCGAGAAGUUACCAUAUCGAAAUCUUGAUUACUCCCUAAUUAAUGGAGCUUGUUGUGAGAAUGUCAUUGGUUAUAUGCCUGUACCUGUUGGAACAGCAGGUCCACUUCUGUUAGAUGGACGUAAUUAUCAUGUUCCAAUGGCUACAACCGAGGGGUGUUUAGUUGCCAGCACGAACAGAGGUUGUCGAGCAUUAGUGAAAAGUGGGGGCGUUCGUAGUUGUGUAGUCAAUGACGGAAUGUCAAGAGCACCUGUUGUGCGCCUCUCAAGCGCCAAUAGAGCAGCGCAGGUUAAAAUAUGGUUAGAGGAGAAUGUUCAUGUUAUAGGGGAAGAGUUUGAAAGCACAAGUCGAUUUGCGCGACUUAAGAAAUUACAAAUCAUACAAGCCGCACGAUACUUGUACAUUCGUUUUGUUUGCCAAACUGGUGAUGCUAUGGGAAUGAACAUGAUCAGUAAAGGAGCUGAAAAAGCUUUAAAUUUUUUAAGAAGCAAACAUUUUCCAGAUUUAGAAAUAUUAAGUUUGUCAGGGAAUGUAUGUACGGAUAAAAAAGCGUCUGCUAUUAAUUGGAUUGAGGGUAGAGGAAAGUCAGUUGUUUGCGAUGCCAUCAUUCCUUCUUCAGUGAUAAAAACUGUAUUAAAAAGUUCGGUUGAAGCCUUAUGCGAUUUAAAUGUAGGGAAAAAUUUAAUUGGAUCAGCAAUGGCAGGUACUGCAGUUGGUGGAUUCAAUGCUCAUUCAUCAAAUAUUGUAACAGCUAUUUUUAUUGCAACUGGUCAAGAUGUUGCUCAAAAUAUUGCAAGUUCAAAUUGUCUUACUCUACUUGAACCACACGAGAGUGGGGGGUUAUAUAUAAGUUGUACUAUGCCUUCUAUCGAAGUAGGAACAGUUGGUGGUGGAACUAUAUUAUCUGCUCAGAAGUCGUGCCUAGAAAUGUUGGGAGUUGCCGGAGGAGGAAAGCAACCUGGAGAAAAUUCUACAGAAUUAUCGAAGAUUGUGUGUGCAACAGUUUUGGCCGGAGAAUUGAGUCUCAUGUCAGCUUUGGCUGCUGGCCAUUUGGUUAGGAGUCAUAUGAGGCAUAACCGAUCCAACGUUGCUCUAAAUUCCAUCAGUAAUCCUACACGAUGCUGUGGAAAAUUGCAAUGA